CGGAAGCGAAAUUCUGAGACUGCAGCCAGCCCCUCAGACACGUUGCAGAGCGGCAGGGGCCAUAUAAGAGAGGUGGGUAUAGAAAGUUACUUGCAGCGCUAAGGAUAUUCUAGUGAGACUAAUCGGAUUAGCGCACGCCACAUACAAAAUACUUCUGGACCCUGCUAUCAAGCUAACUCGGACCAGUUCCGUUUGUACCUGACCUGCAAUAAUACUGGGUCGCUUCAAGGAUUCCGGCAGAGGUGCUCAACCCGUCCGUUUUAUUCUGACCUCUUCAGCCUAUUGCACGUAAGGAGGACUACCUGGGCAUUUAUGCUUGUGCUUUUUUCGUGAACAUUCGUUUUUGAGCUAUGUAUCGUCUCAAGCUGCAGGUGAUCACAGCCUUUGCGGCUUGGGCUGUCGUCGCGGCCUGCCAGAAUUCUCCGCCUGCCUACCAAAAUCUCGCGGAGAAUUCUUGCCCAAAUGACGAUACGGACUUGACGGAGCUUAGGAACAAGCUUUCAGGCUCUGCCAUUGUGUAUCUUCCGGGGUCGACCGGGUUCAAGAAUGUCACAACGCGGUGGUCUGCUCUAGACGAGCCGAAGGUGAAUGUCGUGGUCGUGCCUGGCACUGAGAACGACGUUGUCGAGACGGUGAAAUUCGCCAACGAGAAGGACCUUCCCUUCCUCGCAUAUAACGGUGUCCAUGGAGCCCUCGUUUCUUUGGGCAAGAUGGAUCAUGGCGUCGGAAUCGCCCUAAACCAGUUGAGCAGCGUCGAAGUCGCCGACGACGGACAGACAGUUACGAUCGGUGGCGGAACGAUGUCUAAGGUGGUAACCGACGAACUUUGGGCUGCAGGAAAGCAGACAGUUACUGGAACCUGUGAAUGUGUCAGUUAUCUGGGACCGGCGCUUGGUGGGGGGCAUGGAUGGCUUCAAGGCCAACAUGGACUCGUUUCGGACCAGUUUGUUUCGAUGAAUGUCGUGCUCGCCGACGGUACCUUGAACCACAUCAACGCAAGCUCCGACCUUUGGUGGGCGAUGAAGGGUGCCGGCCAUAAUUUCGGCAUUGUGACUUCUAUCACUACUAAGAUAUACGAUAUUGAGUACAGUGACUGGGCUAUCGACACACUCACUUUCAGUGGUGAUAAGGUCGAGGCUGUCUACCAAGCUGCGAACGACUAUCUUGUGAAGAAUGGUACCCAGCCCGUGGGUGUCAUAAACUGGUCAUAUUGGCUGAACAAUCCGGAUGCUGACCCUAACAACCCCGUCAUCGUGUUCUACAUCAUCCAAGAGGGAGUGAAGGCCGUUGACCAGGCAUACACCAAGCCUUUCCACGACAUUGGACCGCUUUCUGCCGAAAGUCAGGCAGGUACCUACAAGGACCUCGCUGCAUGGACCGGCAUCGCCCUCGAUUCUCCGCCAUGCCAGAAGGCUGGGUUCGCCAACCCCCGUUUCCCCAUCUAUCUUGAAAGAUACAACGUUGCGGCCCAAAGGAGAGCAUGGGACAUCUACGCACCCGCAAUCCGCGGAUCUUCUGCCUUUAGCAACUCAAUUCUCAUGUUUGAGGGGUAUUCCGUCGAGGCUGUGCACAGCAUUCCUAGCAGCCAGAGUGCUUUCGCUUUCCGCAGCGAGAAUAUCCUUGCUGCCCCACUCAUAAAUUACAUUCCUACCAAUGUAACACUCGAUCAAAAGGCCGCUGAAUUGGGUAACCAGCUCCGCAACGUCCUCUUCGAAGCCAGUGGCUACAAAGACAUACGCGCAUACGUCAAUUACGCUUACGGAAAUGAGACGUCGCAGCAGCUAUACGGCAGUGAGAAGUGGCGUCAAGAGCGCCUGCAUGCCUUGAAGCAGAAGUACGACCCGGAUAACAAGUUUAGCUUCUACGCGCCAAUUCCAUAGAUGAAUUGAAAAUGAGCUUAAAGAUUUGUGCAGUUGCGGGAAAGAAUAACUAAGCAUAGGAGAGGUUUGAUGAAAACAUUGGCAUAUGAUACCUCAGUCUACCAUUGUAUAAUCAAGUUAUGAAGAUUAGAAUAGACAUAAUUUAAUAUUCAACUUAAUUUUGCAGA